GAAUUUAAAGUCAAAGUUUAAAACAUUUUUUAAAGAAUUUCUUAAAAAUAAUUUAAAUAAUUGAUAUUUUCUCAAGUUAAACACUAAAAUGACCGUGUAAACAAUCAGUCUCGCUUUCAAAGAAAUUUCCAAGGCCAGACGAGUGCCCGAGCUUUCUACUUAACCAAACAAAAAUUUCUAAAAGACCGUAAUUUACCUUCGAAAUAAAUUUAAACUCCGUGACUGUAAAAUGCAGUACAAAAUAUAUUCGUAGUCGGUUAAGUGAAAAAAAAGUUUAAAUUCUCGAACGGAGUGAAUACAAUUUAGCAGAGUGCCGUGACACUGACGCAGAAGAGAGCCAUUAAAAUUCGGGGAGGUGAAUUUGGUGGAAUAAAUUCUGGAGUUUCAGCCCGGGCAGGUAUUCCUAUUCCAAUAUCUGGGAGGUACGAGCAAACAGAAGACUCUGUCCGCGUGUCUAGUCCACGGAAACUCCUCUACCUUCUCUAUACUGAACUGUACUACAUAUAACAGUAACACCGACAGUGGAAGUCGAAAAGUUGUGCAUUGUCAUUGUCAGUGAAUAAACGGAACCGAUUGUUGCGCGAUGUCGAUCGACCGGUGAAAAACUUUUCCCGCUUUCAGUCCUUUCAGCUGGAUUUCUUUCUUACACUUUCUUUGCUCUAUUCCUGGAGUUUAAGCCAAGUGGUUCAACUCAAAGUCACUCGCUCGGUCCUUUUCUUUCGAGAAGAAAAAUCUGGGCGAAAAAAAAAUUUUAAAUAAAAAUAAAGGACUCGCGAACGCGAGCGCGGAUAAAAAAGCAAAGAAGUAAGCACCAGCAAAACGUUGGAGACAAAUGGCAAACGACAUAGCUGGCACGCUUGAAGGAGAUUCGGUAGUGGUUACUCCAUCAACAGCAGAGCAUCAAAUACCAGGAGGGCCAAAUUUCCAAUGCAUCAACUUGGAUCGAAGGGAUAGUUUUCCUUUGCCUCAAAAUGGCCGAUCAUCAAGUCUACGUCGACAAAGCAUCGCUUUGAACGCUAUUAUUAAUCAUAGACGUGCAUUAAUAGGGGCACUGAUCUCGGGUAUUGGUAGCAACUUGUCUCUGCCAUCUUGUGGCACACAAGAUCAAAAUCCAGGACAAAGCAACAAUACGUCAACAUCAGCAGCGAACCAUGACUCGUGCUCGCAGCAUUGUCAAGAGAUCCCUGAUAAUCAUCGGCCUUAUACCAGAGCAGCAUCCCACCAGUAUUCGAAUCUACAACUUACGCCGGUCAAUAGCGCGGGCAUCCCAUUGUGUGCAUUGGAGACCUCUAAGUGCAAGCCGCACUGCAAUCGCCGCAGCGGAGGCUCAUCUAGGCACCGAAAAGAAAAGCAUCGCACGGAAUUAAUAUCCACGGUCAGCACACUUUAUGCUAAGCUGCUAAUAGUCGUCGGGGUGACGGUCCCAGUAACGGCUAGUGUGAGCCAAAGGGUCCCUCCCGCUCUCGAUCAGGGAUUUUAUUUGUACCUCUACCUAGUGAGUGUAGGAUUUGUUAUCACAAUGUACACAAUAGUACUCCGAGAUAAAGCCGUUAAAAAAAUGCUGAUCCAGAAAAGAAAGGACGGAAUGACUUUUGUAUUGGACGACUUUACAGGAAAGCGGCAAAGUUUUCAGGCGCAGCAGUACGGGAGCUUUUGUCUGCGUCUAGGUGCCAUCGGGUUCGGAGCCGGCUCGUUAGUGUUUACUGGAUUGCAAAUCGGUGCUGCUAUUGCGUCUGCUGGUCCAUUAAAAGCGAUUACACCAAGUGCGAGGCUUCUUUUAGUGACCGCUCAAAUGCACUUUAUAUUUUUGAACAGUAAAGAUCUCGAGCUCGCUAAACACAGUCCUCUCGCUAAAUUAGGGCUCAUGCAUAUGAUUGCUACCAAUCUUUGUGAAUGGCUGCAGGCACUUGUAGAAGAGACAAGGCAUGAAAUCGCGCAUUUAGAGUUACACGAUCACGAGCUCAAUGAAGAAGGAAUACUAAAGACGCUUCUGACAGACGCAAGUCCCUUUUUAUUUCCUUGUACUAUUGAAUUCAGCCUGAUUUGCGCCGUUAUUCUUUUCGAAAUGUGGAAGCGCGUUGACAGAAUGGUUGUCGUGAAACACGACGGUUCUGCAAAGUCAUUACAUCAACUGAGCAUUGACUGCAGCAACGCUCACAAAGGUCUCUUUGGCGGAAUUUUGGUAAUCGCAGCCACGGUUUUGAGUUUGAUAAUGUUUUUCGUCCUCAAAAAAUCAAAGUCGAAAAUGGCUAUCGAGCAAGUUACUGCUCUUGAAACCGCCAUUUUAAUUGCAGGUGCAAUCGCGUCUGUAAGUUGCGCACUUAAAUUACGGCGUUUAGAACUGAAGAACACGAAACCCGCACCUCAUCUUGACUCGACUUUGCUGGCAGCGGCACAAGCGGGUGUCUAUCUCCAUUGUUUAUUUGGUGCAGUCGGCGGGAUAUUGACAAUGGGCCCAACUUGGGUACUAUCACUUACCGCUGAUUUCAUCGCUUUGAUUCAAAGCACUAGUCAAACUCUUCUAGUCAAGAUUGCUUGGCGAAGACGCUCCUCAUCAACGAAGAAGCCCGGCAAGGAGCUGAUAACCUUCCUGAUUGUCGUCAACAUCGCUUUGUGGGCAGUCAACACUCUUGAGAAGUCCAGAGCUGACGUCAGGCCGGACCACCUCCAUUUCUUCGGCGUCUGGGCCUGGACUAUAAUCACCCACGUCUCAAUGCCACUGGCCAUUUUCUUCCGAUUUCACUCCGCGAUUUGCUUGUUUGAAGUUUGGAAAAGCUGCUACAAGUACAAACCGGCUCUACAUACUCGUCCCUAAUUAUUUUUUAUUCGAUAGGUUUUAUAAAUAUUUAUUAAAUUCUGGUUUAAUAAUUCAAGAGCUCUUGAUUCUAAACGCCGGAAGUACAAUUGUUGAAUACUUCGCUCUUGAAUUGUAUUAAAGGGGCUCAACUUUUAACUGCACUUUACUUCAGGAGCUGGAAUGUGGAAUUAAACUCGUUGAUUAGCUUUUAGAGUGUCUUUUAUACGUUCUAGGUCAAAUCGCUGCUCAUAUUUUUUUAUAUUAUAUGAAGAGAAAAUUUAAUUGGUUUUGAGUUUUAUUUUGUACUGGAGUUUUAUAUCUAUUAAUAUGAAGUUUUUUUUUAAAG